AUGCCAAGGGCCCUGCGUAUACAGUGCUCCUGAUGAAUAUUCCGAUUGGUGGAAGAGAGAUCCCGAUGAUCCUCUUGGUAGUGCUUAUGAUUCUUUGUAGAGUCCUGCAGCGAGAUGCCUUGCAAUUCCUAUUCCAGGCAGUGAUGCAGCUGGUCAGGACACUCUCAGUGAUGCUCUUGUAAUAAACCUGAUUCCAAUUCUCUCCUGCCUAUGGAAGUUGGUAAUGGACCAAUAAAAGAAAUCUUCAAACUGUUCUCUCCUCAGACACAACCCGACCUUUCUGAGCUACUUAAAACUCUCAAUGGUCACACCUCUGAUGGAAGGGCACAGGCUUGAAACAUUAACUCUUGGAUUCUCUCUUCAUAUAUGUUGCUUUCCCUGUUCUUUAUUGCCAGCAUGUUUCUGUUUUUUUAAUUUCCGUGCCCUUGGUCGAUAAGACUUUGUGUUGGUUUGAUGAAUAACAAUCUAUGCUCUUGCAGACUCAGGAGGAGAUCAAUUCUAGAUAAUGAUUCACUUUCUCAUAAAUGAGCACUACUGGUCUCCAGGUCAGUGCUUGAGUUUUCACAUGACCACCACUGUCUUCUCUUGCUUACGUCAUCUUCUCUGCAGUCUUUAAUACCUCCUGCUCUUCUGCUUUAUCACAGACCUUUCCUCUUCUUUGUGUUGUUUCUUCAGAUAUUUUAUUUAGAGAUACAGCACAGUAGCAGGCCCUUGCAGUCCAACGAGCCUGUGCCACCCAAUUACACCAUGUAACCAAUUAACCUGCUAACCUCUACGUCUUUGGAAUGUGGGAGGAAACUGGAGGAACCCAGUGCAGUUAAAGAUUUGCUUUAUUUGUCACAUGUAUAUACCUGGAAGCAUACAGUGAAACAUUCAUGGGGAGAACGUGCAGACAGUGGCAGAAUUGAACCCACGUCACCGCUGCUGUAAUAAAAUUCACGUUAACCACUAAGCUAUUGUGCUACGUAAAAGGUCAUGGAAUGGAUUUUAUCUCGACACAUGCUACUGAUUUUCAAAAUCAGUGGUACUUCACUUGUGUAUUUUCAACAUUUUAAAAAAUUAAAGUUGGAGAAAAGGAGGACCACCUGCUUCUCACCAGGCUCAUUUCUGUACAGACCUCUACACUCAAGAUGGGAAAAAAUACUGCAGGUGCUGGAAAUUUGAAGAAAGAAUCACUGAAGGGGAAAAGACACAAAAGAUGAGAUCAGCACAGUACCCAACCCCAGCAGAAUUGGACGCGUAUGCUAAGAAAGUUGCCAACAACCCACUGACUAUAAAAAUCUUCCCAAACAGCGUCAAAGUACCGCAGAGAAAACACCUCCGCCGUACGGUAAAUGGUCUAGACACUUCAGGCCAGCGGUUCAGCCCUUACCCCCCUCAAGCCGGUUCUAACCGUGGUCUGCUCGCAAUAGUCAAGCUACCAGCAAAAAGGAUUGUGAAGGACUUUGACGGAACCCGUGCGAGGCUGCUGCCGGACAUCACCAUGAAUCCUCCGUCAGCACCCUACGCUGCACCUAGCACUUUAACCCACCCACAGAAUGCGCUGCUGCAGCCUGGUUUACACGGAUACCGGAAGGUGCGUCAGGAUGGGGACGCUCCCCCCAAUGUCACGGUGUCUACCUCAACUAUUCCGCUCUCCAUGGCCGCGAGCCUGCAGCAGAACAGGCCUUCUGACCUGAACAGCAUUGUACACCAGAUAUACCAGAUGUGCCAGGCCAGCGCGGGCCUCACCACUACCUCGGUCUGUGAGGGCCAGAUCGCCAACCCCAGCCCCAUCAGCCGAAACGUCCUGAUCCACGCCAGCACCCGGGUGUCCGGCCAUGCCCUGUCCGCCCACCUGCCCCCCUGUAUCGUAAACCCAGGUGACCCCGCCGUUGCCAUGACGUCUGUCGCCCCCGGUGGCAUUGCAGUGGGCAGCGUGGGUAGGAUGCAAGCGGCCUACCAGAGUGACAUAGACUCUGCCACUUGGCACCAGCACCAACUGGCGCAGUUACAGCACGCGGGCAGGGAUGCUGCAGGGGCAGGGCACCCCACUAAGCUCCAGAGGGACGUUGCCGGACCUGGCUUCGCCACCAAGACACUGGGCUACCCUGUGGAGCUGUGCCCGGGCCAGCCUUACAAUCUGAAGGUUUCCGGGGAUAAGCUGUCUCCGUCACCUCCAGUCAAUGGGGCGCAGGGGUCUCUGCCCUUCCCCAACGGGCAGUACUUCCAACCGAUGUGGAACAACAUCCUUCCGACGCCCAACAGUGACAGCUCAGGGUCCCAGGACCUCGCGAUGGCAUUUCACGGAGGAGCCUCGGGGCCAGCGGACUGCCUGGCAGCCACUCACUUCCGGGCCGGAGCUGGUUCCUCCGGCCAAACGAAUGUCCUGCAGACUGCGGAGUACCUGGGAGCAGAAUACCAGAACUCCUGCUUCAGAGACCAGACUAUGGGGAUGCUGGGCAAGAUGCACAGGCUACCCAUCAGCCGAGGCCCAGAACCAAAUGUUAACCAGAGUAGUCAUAUUCACCAUCCCGUGUACAGAUGAGAUGGUGCCCUGUGAAUCUGGCGCUCGAGUAGUCUUAACAUCAGUUUUGGAUAAUAUUCUUUUGCGUUGUUGCUGUUUGAUUGCCAAACUUGUCAGUGAUAUCCAUUUUUGUUUUUAGGGAUGAAUUAUUGCAAACAUCAUUUUCGAGGGAAGAUAUUUAUCGAAAUUGAAGUCUGCAGAUCUCACCACCAUCUUGAUGCACAGAUUAGAAACCAUUUUCAGUGACAGAUUUUGAGGGGGAGAGGACCAAAAUGCAAAGCGGAUGCACUCUUGCAAUGAGUCUUUAUGCCAGCUCCUUGAUUUGAAAAGUUGAUUUGGAAUUAUCUGGUAUGUGUGCACCCAUCCCUUAGUGGAGUUAUGGGCUUCAGUUCCUGCGUAUAGACACAAGAGAUUCUGCAGAUGCUGUAUAUCCAGAGAUACACACACACAAACUGCUGCAGGGCCUCACUCAUCAGGUCAGGCAGCAUCUAUGAAAAUGAAUAAACAAUUGACAUUUCAGGCUGAGACCUUUCAUCAGGACUGGAAAGGAAGGGUGAAGAAUUUUGAAGGUAUGAGAGUGUUCCCGUGAACAGUUCCCACUGGCCUGCUCGUCAUCAUGCAGAGAUCCAGCAAAUAUGCAUGCGUGCUGUAGGUGUGUGGCUGGCAGGCUCUGGGCAAUCUGUGCUCUUCACAAUCCCCCCCCCCCCCCCACCCUCAACAUCUUGUGCCUCGUGCACCGCAGGUUUGCUGCAACCAUUAUAAUCUGAACUGCAGAGCUCUGUUUAACUCUGAUGAAUGAUCCAAUUGCAAAGCUCUCACCAUGAGAGAAAAUUUUCACUGUGAAAUUUAUGGGCCAAGAAGUGACAGAUUGCAAACUCACUUAAAUGUGCAGCACUGCAUUUAUUUUCUCUCCACACAUCAUACAUUUGUAAAACAGGAGGGGCGCUCCCUGCAGGUAAUAGUGCAGUCUGACUAUUAUGAUAAUUUAUUUAAAGCCCUUUUGCUUUUUUUGCUCCUCUGGGUCUCUGCAUUUCGUUUGCUUUAGUGGAGAGAGCCAGAGGACAGAUAAAAGAGAUUAGGCAAGAGAGGUUGUCUGAGUUCCCACUGAGAGGCCGUUAUGUGGAGUCAGAAGCUUCACAGCACAGGAGGAGACUUACUGCACAUCUUGUCCUCACCUGACUCUUGUGGCGGCAUUCUACCUAUUUUAUUCCAAUAAUUUUGCCCCGCCCCCUCUUCCCAUUCCACAUUCCAGCUCCCCUCUCUUCUUCUCAUCUCUCUCUGAUGUCCCUCCUCCUUCCCUUUCUUGCAUGGUCCACUGUCCUCUCCUAUCAGAAUCCUAUCCUGAUGAAGGGUCUCAGCCCGAAAUUUUGAUAGCUUAUUCCCCUCCAUAGAUGCAGCCUGACCUGCUGAGUUCCUCCAGCAUUUUGUAUGUGUUGCUCUGGAAAUGCUCUGGUUGGGCAAAAUCUCAGAAAUGUUACAAAAAGGUCAUCAACGUGAAGUGUAAAGCAUGUCACUGCAGAUGGUGGCUGAUGGUUUUACUUUACAUUCUGUAUCUGCGCAAUAUUUUAGUGAUGGAUCAGACCUAAUCUUGGUUGUACUGUUAAGACACCCCGGCUACAAACACUGACUUGCACUAUUAGAAUUCCAGCUCUAGUUUCUCCAUAGUGACACCUGCUGGUGAGAACCUCAAAAUACAUUCAUUUUCUUGCUACUAACGUAUUUACAGGAAAAGGAGAAAAAGAAAGGGAUAUAAUAGAAGAACCUGGCCUUUGACUGUUUUAGACUUAACUGCAAAGCCCAAAAUGCAGUAGUCAAAUGCCACUUGUCUGGUUCAAGAGCAGGAGAAUGACCACAGGUUACCACUGCCUUCAAACAUCCAACACAAACUUAUUUCAGCAAAAGGAGGGAAAAAAUUUGAGGAGAGAAUUUUUAAACUUUCUAACUACAAGGUAUGGUGUCAACUGCAGAAACAACAUAGUAUUUUUUCCAUCAUCUUCUAUCCCUUCCUAAAAUUUAAUGGGUCAGUAGAUUAUAUAUUAUGGUGUUGUUAAGCGCCUGUGCACGGGGUGGUUCUCUUAAAUCUCAUGCCCUCAUAAUCCUUCCCAUCACCUGCUGGUCCUGAAUGUAAAGGAGAAAACUUUCAACAACAAAUGGAUUUAAUCACAGUCACGUUUGGCAGCAAGAGCAGUAAAUGUGUUUUAUUUUACUUUUCCAUACACUGGCUGAAUAUUGCUAUACUACUGUAACUUUAAAAAAAAACGGUGUAAUGAUUCUGUAAGAAUGUUGCCUGUUUUGUGAGGGUCCGAGUGUCAGUUGCGUAUGAGUGCUGUCAUUGCCAUCUGCGAGUCAUCAGUUUCCCUUAAAGCUCAUCGAAAAGCCUUAAGUCUUCGCUCUCCCUGGUCCUCGUAAAAUGAACACGGUUUGAAGGUGGAAAGUCAGCAUUGUUUUCAGCACGCAGCUGCUGUUGGAUAACAAUCAUGCUCAAGAAACAGGAAAAUAAGACAGAGUUUUUUUAUUCUGUGUAGUUCAGGGCUGUAACCAGUUCAAACAACCCCUCUCCUGAAUCUCCAAGGCUUUAAAACUUUACUGAGGGUGACUAGAUAUGUGAUAAAUGUAUUUGUGAUUGGAAUGUGUUAAUUGGGUUAGGGUUAUUUCAUCGGAGUUGCUGCACAAACGUUUAUUGAAUGCGGUGCCUAUAUAAAGAAGCAUCUGAUGAUAUUUGUGGGUAUUGGCUAAUCGGCAACUGUACAACAUAAUCCUGUUGUUCUUCCUGGUUGUCUGUUCUGCCUCGCCCUCCUUUAUCAGCCCCCUCCCACCAGUAAAUGUAAUAUUGAUCUUCUGGUUGCCUCCCUUCUUCCCCAUCCCAGUGGGAGUAACAAACAAACUGUCCCCUAUUCCAAACUGAAAUUAAUUUUCUUAAACUCCCACCAUGCUUCUUGCUGUACUUGCUAGGAAUUGGCUUUCUAUUAAAAAGCUUUCUAAGGUCCACAUUCUUGUGUCUGCAUUUGGAACGAAACCAGACAGGGCUCCUUAUUUAAGAAUUCCCUAAUGACCCACAAUGCCCACUGAUUACAAUAAUCAUGACCAAAGUCAUUGGCCUUGCAUAGUAAUUUGAACAGUAUAUCCCUUUUCGCAGACCCAGUGCAAAAACAGUUACACCAAUUUCUUUUAUAAGUUGGGGAAUUUUUUCUUUUAUUAAAGAUUUUCUGAUAAUUUGAAACAGAAAUUUCACUUAUAGCAAGUAGAUUUCAGUAAGUUGUGACUUACGUUUUGCUACUCAAGAACAAUGACUGGUUAUGCCUUCCCAUUUUUGACCGUGGGUAAGAAGUGAAUUACUGGUGUGUACCAGUCUUGGUGGCAUUAGGCUGGCAAGCUGAGUAAAGGACUGAUCAGGUACUCUUUCCUGAGCUAAGUAAGCA